AGGCACCGCCGCGGCCCAGGAGGGAACCGCGCUCCCCGCCCCCCGCCCCAACCUGCCCGGCUUUACGAAUCGCCUGCUCGCGUGGGUUCCGAUUGGACGCGCCGCAAUCGGUAUUUCAUAGGUUCGGUGCCGCCCAGACCCCGAGGGCUGAGAGAAACAGCUUCCCCCGGCCUGGUGGGGGUUCCGACGCCGGCCGCCGGGCGAGACUGCGGGAUGCCCCGGGGAGGCCCCUUCAGGGGCUAGAAUCGAGCCAAACAAUAAACCCGAGCGACCAGGCGAAGCAGUCAGCCCCCUCCCCGGAAUCGGACUCUCUCGAGCAUCCCUGAGGAGCAUUUUCGUGAAGAAGCGGACACGAUUACGUAACUAACGGGGAAGCCGCGGGAGGAUUUAAGAGCGGACGGACGCGUCCCCGCGCUUCCCAACUAGGACCUGGAAGAAACGCGAGAACAACUGCGGGGGCGCGGUCCCACAGUGGCCAAUAAAAACUAGGGGCGUGGCCUGGCGCCUUUCUUUUAUUGGUCCACAUUUCUGAAGGGCCGGGCGUCCGCGCGCCGGGGCGGAAGUCGCGCUCGUCUUCUGGUCCUGCUGCGCGGAGGCCGCCAUCAUGGUGCGGAAGCUUAAGUUCCACGAGCAGAAGUUGCUGAAGCAGGUGGACUUUCUGAACUGGGAGGUCACCGACCACAACCUGCAUGAGCUGCGCGUGCUGCGGCGCUACCGGCUGCAGCGGCGCGAGGACUACACGCGCUACAACCAGCUGAGCCGCGCGGUGCGCGAGCUGGCGCGGCGCCUGCGCGAUCUGCCCGAGCGCGACCCGUUUCGCGUGCGCGCCACAGCCGCCCUGUUGGACAAGCUCUACGCGCUGGGCUUGGUGCCCACGCGCGGCUCGCUCGAGCUCUGCGACUUCGUCACCGCCUCGUCCUUCUGUCGCCGCCGCCUGCCCACCGUGCUGCUCAAGCUGCGAAUGGCACAGCACCUCCAGGCCGCCGUGGCGUUCGUGGAGCAGGGCCACGUGCGCGUGGGCCCGGACGUGGUCACUGACCCCGCCUUCCUGGUCACUCGCAGCAUGGAGGACUUUGUCACCUGGGUGGAUUCGUCCAAGAUCAAGCGACACGUGCUGGAGUACAAUGAAGAGCGCGACGAUUUCGAUCUGGACGCCUAGAGGGAGGCCCCGUGGCUCCAGUGUACAGAUGGGAAGGUUGGGUCCGCUGCUGGAGUGUCCGAGAGGACGGGAGCACCCGAGUGUGUGCCUGCCAGGCGUCGCGUCGUGAGAACUUUGCUCUUAGACUGCAGGCCACGCUGCGAACCGAAGGAUACGUCCCUGCCUGCGGGACGUUUUCUUAGACCUCGGACUGCGGAUUAUUAUAGGACUGUCUAAAGAGAGCGUGGAAGCGGUGUGGUGCUGCCUGGGAGAUUGUGAAGGGUCUUGUACCUGAAACACUCGUGUGCAGGCGUGGAAUCCUAACGCUCCCACGCCCACUCUGCUUUUCAUCUAUUAUUUUGUAGCAGGACAGUAUGGUUGACUAAUCCUCUCUUUGCUCUUAUUAAACUAUAGGGACGGUGUGAGAUUUCAGUGUUGUGUCCCUUCCCUUAUCUAAGGGAACUGCUCUCCUAAUGCCAAUAAAUAGCCCAAGUGCUUUGUA